AUGUCCGCAUCAACCGUUGCUACAGACAACAAUGCAACAGUUCUUGACAGACAAUUAAAGAUUCUAAGCCCUCCAAAAACUUCCUCUCCCAUUCCUGAUCUUCCUGAGGAAGUUUAUAAGUUGAGCGCUAAUGAGGUUAAACAAUUAUAUCAAUCAGCAGUUGACAGACGACAAGCUUUGGAAAGUCAGCCUUUGAAGACACAAAAGAUGAGAGAUGUGGAGGAACAAGAGAAACUGAAGAAAUAUCCCAAAACAACUAUUCGCGUCCGUAUGCCUGAUCAUACAAUUGUUCAAGCUGUAUUCUAUUCAAAAGAGAAGGGUAUAUGUUCAAUUGAUAUAACAAUCGCAACAGACUCACUUAACUGA